AAGAAUUCCAAAGAAGAGAACAGAAAUUGAGUUGAAAAAAUAAUUCUUUUUUCAAAAAUGAAACUAUAUAAUUACUCGAAGGCACUUCCAAUAUUUCCAAUAUUAUUAUUGGUCUUUGUGUUGCUCCUGACAGGUUUGGCGAAGCGAGGGGAAGGCAGUGGUUGCAGCAGCACAUUCUUCUCAGCACUUGUUGAGAUGAUACCUUGUAGGGCAGCAGUUGCUCCAUUCAGCCCCAUCUCGCCAAGUGAGGCCUGCUGUGAUGCUGUCAAAACUCUGGGGCAGGCUUGUUUGUGUGUACUAGUAAAUGGACCUCCCAUUUCUGGUGUUGAUCGCAACAUGGCUUUGCAGCUUCCUGGAAAAUGCAGUGCCAACUUUGAUCCAUGUGAGGUUAUGAAGUAGAAGAGAUGCAUACCUACAACUUUGCCUACAACAGGAAUGGUAGCCGCUUUUAGUUGAAAUAAAAGGAUGAAAUUAAG